AUGGCGAGUCUCGAAAUAUUUCGCACGACCUUGAAAAAGCCAUUCUUGAGACCUCCACAUUUAAAGGUCGCUGGGCCCGCGUUCCGACGCAGUCACAUCAACCUCUUUUCGACUUCAAGAUACCAAGCCAUGCUGACCUCAGAACUGUCCGAAGCUGAGGUAUCAGCAUUAAGAGCCAACAAGCAACGUUUGUCUGAGGAUUUGCAUCAUUCCUGCCAAUGGGGAUUUGGUAUUCGAUGGGGAGAGGGAGCGACUGACACUGGAAUGCAGCGCCUCGCCUUAUCGGACGAGGACAAGAGUGUCCGAGACUGGUUCAUUCAGACGAUGAAGAGCUUAAAAUGUGAAGUGACUGUUGACGAGAUGGGUAACAUCUUCGCUGUUCGUCCAGGGAGGCGAAAGGAUGUUCCCGCAACUUUUAUUGGUAGCCAUCUUGAUACCCAACCCACCGGAGGACGAUAUGACGGCAUUUUGGGUGUUUUGUCUGGAGUAGAAGCAAUCAAGAGGAUGGACGAGAUGGGUCUAGAAACAGAGGGGGGUGUCGGCGUCGUAAAUUGGACCAAUGAAGAAGGCGCCCGGUUCCCCAUAAGCAUGGUAUCCUCCGGCGUAUGGGCUGAGUGUAUCCCGCUAUCCAAGGCCCAUGGCCUCAAAGAGGUUCCAACGGUAGCAUCACUUCCGACAGCUAGUUCGGCUCCAGAAACUAUGCAGACCGCGUUGCAAAAGAUUGGCUAUUUGGGGAGUGUCCCUUGUUCGUACAAGUCAUCUCCAAUGGCAGCACAUUUCGAGCUCCACAUUGAACAAGGUCCUCAUUUGAUUUCAGCUGGCCAACGGGUUGGGGUAGUCACAGCUGUCCAGGCUUAUCGCUGGUUCCGGAUCAACAUUAUCGGACGGGAUACACAUACAGGAACAACAGCCUUCGAGCAUCGAGCAGACGCAUUGUAUGCCUUUUCGUGUAUGAUGGUUAAAGCACGAGAAGUUGCGAAAGCUCGAGGAUGUCUGGCCAGCGUGGGCAUUAUCGAAGUGAAGCCAGGUAGUGUGAAUACUGUCCCUGGACAAGUCAGCUUCAGCUUGGACAUCCGAGGUCCAGAGACGUCUCUAGUUGCUGAAGUAGAAAAAGAGCUCCGCAAUGAAUUUGACGCCAUUGCUGCGGAAGAGGGCGCGGGUAUUGGCAAACCGUGCCGUGUUGAGUGGACACUUGACUUUGACUCACCUGCUGUGAAGUUCCAUGAGGACUGCAUCGAUUGUGUCCAAGAAUCGGCCUACGCUGUGGUUGCAGAUGCUCCGGUUACAGACACCAAGACAUUAGUCCGACCUAUCGUGAGCGGUGCUGGGCAUGACAGCGUCUUCACUUCGAAGCGCGUUCCAACCAGUAUGAUUUUUGUGCCGUGCAAGGAUGGCUUGAGCCACCACCCGGAGGAGUUCUGUUCGGCGGACGAUUGCGCAACCGGUGCGUCCGUUAUUCUGCAGGCGGUGGUGCGGUAUGAUCGGAAGAGAUUCGCAUAG